ACAGUAAAGGGAAAUCUUUUGGGUGAAUUGGAUGGAAUUUUGGUUAGUCCUGCCCUGAUGACGGUACGCGGCUUAGCCCUACUCUGGAAAAUUCUCACAGAAGCAGACUUCUUGACCGGCGUAUGAUGUUUGGUUUCGUGUGUUUGACGUGAGACAAUCCGAUACUAGGAACCCAGGAUACAGUGAUCAUUGCUACCAGCAAGGACUGAUUCGUUCCUUUCCCGGGGUGUACACAAUUUCCCGGAUAUUCGGCAACGCUGACCGUGGUUUGGUGUUCCGUGCAGGAAGUGUGUGUCCUUGGACUUUUUAUGGACUGUGCGUUGGAGGAUUGAAAUCAGUUCCUAUCCCGCACACAAGCUUAGUUGUUCUGGAGGGUGCAGUGUGAAAAAAAUCGACUGGUCAGAUAUGCUAAUGAGGCAAGUGCGAUUGUUAUAGUUAUACACACUAAUCCGCGCAUAUGUCGACGUCAAUUAGUGUAAACACACCGAUAGUCGAUAAAGUGUCCGACGGAUCCAUGGGGAGGAGAAGGGUCCGGAAAGUUCCUGCUUUGAUCGUUUGCCAGUUUGCUCUAUGAAGCGCCCAUAGUAGAAAGAAUUUCGUGCCAUAUUGUGCCAUCCCCUGUAGAGCAAUGCAUCAGCAGAAGUGAAGAGUAAUGAUCGAGUCGAGAUUUUUGGCUGGUAUUCGUGAAUCUACAAACAGAAAAAUAUCACGAAGUGCAAAAAAUAAAAACAAAAAAUCCAACAACAAAUCAUAACAACACACAUACCGAGACCAAUCAGUCAUCGUUUGUGUUAGGUACUGGUAUAUUCCUGAACAACAUUCGAUCAGUCAGUGGUGAUUUUAUUCAGCAGAGAAUAUUAAUAAAUCACAGUAAUGUGAACUUAAAGAAUUUAAGAAUACGGCGUAAUAGCAGUGGUUCUGAAAAAUGUGUAUGAAGAAACAGAUUGAUAUUGGAAAAGAAGAAAAAUUUAACUGACAUUGAACGUGAAACGAAGGCCCAAGGACAGUAGUCCUACGUGUGAGCAAUGUACAAGCAAGUAGCGGUGGAUACACGAGGAAGGCAGUGUUUGAAGCGAGUGCACAUUGGUAUGCAGGUAGGCCUUGAAGCAGGGUCCCGCUAAAGGAUACAAGUCCAAGGACUAACGACAUAGCAACGAUUGUGCUUGAGGUGAGAACCCUACCGCUCGCUCUCUUGCACGCUUUCUCUGGAGGUCACUCAUGGCAUGCUGCAUGUGCCAGUAACCUACAGUGCACUGUGCAAGCUCGUCCUGUGCCAUAAUCGAACAAAAUGUUGGGCGAGUCCUGAUGCCUCAGUUUAUAGCUAAUGCCAUUAUAUGCGAUCGUAUUGACUGAGCCGGUAUGGGUGAGUGCUCGUCGUUCGCACACCAGCGGCAUCUGACGAGUUGUUUUCGUUUUAUGAGUGGCACUCUCUCCCCUAGUGUCAGUGACAUAUAUACUCAUGCGGUUUCGUUCUAUAUGUAAACGCUCCCCUUCGACCGAGUUCAACACAGUAGGCUGGGCGGCUCAGUGUGUUUAUGUGCUGGUUUUAUUUUGGUGUUAAAAUGCGUGAUUUACAAGCCAACAGCACUCGAACAUCGGUGUCUAUGUUUCGGUGAACAUAUACUAGAGACUGCAGAUCUUAUUUUUGAGUUUCCGAAAAUAUUGACCUUGAACUCGCGCGCUCGGUUCGCACAUCGCAGCCAGUUUCGAUCAGGAAGGGCAUUGAAGGAAGGAAGAGAAAACAAGAGCGGUACAGAAAGUAUAGUGAAAAUAUUCGAUUUAUCCGUGCUUGUUGAGAUGUGGUGGUGAGUUGGGCGAAGAAAAACUCGUAAUACUUCGGCAAGAGUGUGUUUGAAUGUUGAAUUAUAUUUGCCGAACCGAAACGGAGGCCAAGUUCAGCUCCAUUUCAUGCAAUGCCUCUAGUUUAUCAAUAAUAAUAUUCUUUCGUUUUCGUGGAAGUGACAGGAGAAAAGUAAAAUGUAGAAUAGUGUGUCGCUCGGUCAGAGCCAGUUUCGAUGUUGUAAUAGUCGAGGAAAAAGUUUAGGAAAACAGAAAAUGCAGUGCUUGAACAAACUUGUCAAGGAAGAGAAGGAUUCGCUGGAAGUCAGGACUUUUGUGAUCGGUGACAAUCAGCGUAUUAUGUAUUCACCACGUAGUGUUGAUACAAAGAAAACUGUCAAACUUGCUAUCGCUGUUCCGCAGUCAGUAUCUGCGACAUCCAGUUCCUCUCCGGUGACCAGUCAUCAUCAAUCUCAAGACCGCGCUCGGAUACAAAUUAUUGCUAAACCUUCCAAUAAGCCGUGUGAAAAUGUAGUACCAAUUCAGACCCAGGAAGUUCAUGUAAUUAGGGAUGGGCGCUUUUAUGACCUUCAUCAUAACCACGCUUCUCCAUCCCACUCACAUCAGCAGCCGGAGUCGUCCCCAAAUAGAAGUAACCUAAUCGUAACCGCUGCUAGCGGAGACGGUAGUUCCAUUCAACAUUCACUACACCAGCAUUAUUCUGCUGGAGCCUCCUCAUCCAGUACUGUUCUGACAGAUGGUUCUCACCAUUCGGUAGUGUCAUCUAGUAAACAGCUUUUACCGUCACCGUCACAGGCUACUAUGAUGGUAAUUCAGCAACGGCAGCAACAUCAUUCACAGCAGCCGCAGCAGCAACAUCAGCAACAUCACCACGUGACCUCAAUGCAACCACCGCCUCCUCCACCACCUACUGGUAUGGUGAGUAGUGUCACCAGUGGCACUGGGAGCGGGGGAACUGCGAUGAUGUCUAAAAUGAUGAAAAAUGGUCACGAGGAACCUUCCAGCUCAAUGCCAGAUUUAGAGUUUGAUGGAACCACCGUUCUAUGUCGUGUGUGUGGUGAUAAAGCUUCCGGUUUCCAUUACGGUGUGCAUUCCUGUGAGGGAUGCAAGGGCUUCUUCAGGCGCUCGAUUCAGCAGAAAAUUCAGUAUCGCCCUUGUACUAAAAACCAGCAGUGUAGCAUAUUACGAAUAAACCGUAAUCGUUGUCAGUAUUGUAGGCUGAAAAAAUGCAUAGCUGUUGGAAUGAGUCGCGAUGCGGUCAGAUUUGGUCGGGUGCCGAAACGCGAGAAGGCCCGUAUUCUGGCGGCCAUGCAGCAGAGCACUCAGAACCGGGGGAACCAGCGAGCCCUUGCCAGCGAGCUGGAUGACCAACCACGCCUGUUGGCCGCCGUACUACGAGCGCACAUGGACACGUGUGAGUUCACCCGCGAGAAGGUUACUGCGAUGCGGCAACGGGCUCGCGAUUGUCCCUCCUACUCGAUGCCCACUUUGGCAUGCCCUCUGAACCCGGCACCGGAGCUACAAUCGGAGCAGGAGUUUAGCCAGCGCUUUGCUCACGUCAUCCGCGGUGUGAUUGACUUUGCCGGUAUGAUUCCCGGUUUUCAACUGCUGACCCAGGACGACAAGUUUACCUUGCUGAAAGCGGGACUAUUCGAUGCGCUAUUCGUGCGCCUAAUUUGCAUGUUUGAUUCGCAAAUCAACUCGAUUAUCUGCUUGAAUGGACAGGUGAUGCGUCGAGACACCAUUCAGAACGGAGCUAAUGCACGGUUUUUGGUUGAUUCGACAUUCAAUUUCGCGGAACGGAUGAACUCGAUGAACCUAACCGAUGCGGAAAUUGGUCUGUUCUGUGCCAUUGUGUUGAUUACCCCGGAUCGGCCCGGUUUGCGGAAUGUGGAGUUGAUUGAGCGGAUGUACUCGAAGCUGAAGGCUUGCCUGCAGUCGAUUGUAUCUCAGAACCGGCCAGAUAAACCGGAGUUUAUGCAAGAGUUGCUGAGAACGAUGCCGGAUUUAAGAACGUUGAGUACAUUGCACACGGAGAAACUAGUGGUGUUCCGAACGGAGCAUAAAGAGAUGUUGCGACAGCAAAUGUGGAGUGCAGAAGAAGAGCUUGCCAAGAGUCCUAGCUCGAACGGUACUUGGAGCUGCGAUGGAAACAUUGUAGAAGAUGUGGCAAAAAGUCCGAUGGGUUCGGUUUCCAGUACGGAAUCAACCGAAACGACGCUGGACUAUUCACAUGCGGCUUCGUCGUUGAGUGCCUCGGCACCACUGCUGGCUGCAACAUUAUCCGGACAGUGUCCAAUACGCCAUCGAGCCAGUUCCGGCUCAUCAGCCGAAGAUGAUAUUAUUGGUGGAGCGGCGCAUUUGGCGCAAAACGGCCUAACGAUUACUCCUGUAAUCCGUUCGGUAGGAACACAUCACGUACGAUACAGGAAGUUGGACUCACCCACCGAUUCUGGAAUUGAGUCUGGCAACGAGAAGCAUGAUCAUAAACCGGUCAGUAGCGGGUCAUCAUCCUGUUCAAGUCCGCGUUCUUCAUUGGAGGAUCAAUCGGACGAUAAACGGCACAUCGUGGAAAACAUGCCUGUUUUGAAACGUGUUCUCCAGGCACCGCCGCUUUAUGACACGAACAGUUUAAUGGACGAGGCAUACAAGCCUCACAAAAAGUUCCGAGCGAUGCGUCAACGGGAAAGUGAAGCAGAACCAGCUCCUUGUUCAUCUUCAUCCUCAUCUACAAUCACAAUUUCAUCACAUUCACCUAAACCGUCAUCGUCCUCUGGAUCCUGUUCCAGUGCGUCAACGAAUUCAGUGGUUUCAGCGCACAGCAGCAGCAGCAGCAACAGCAGCAGCAAUUCACAUGGAGGGCUACAGUCUCCUCCUCAGCAAUCGCAAUCCCAGCUUCAUAUGCAUUUAACGCGUCCACUGCAUCAGUCACCACACCAAAGCCUCCACAACAACAAUCAUCAUCAUCACCAUCAUCAGCUUUCUGCCACUCCUCCGGCAAGCCAUCAGUCGUCUUCCUUGUCCAGUACCCACUCGGUACUGGCUAAAUCGUUGAUGGAACAACCGACGAUGACACCGGAACAGAUGAAACGUUCCGACAUAAUCCACAACUACAUUAUGCGAGAAUCGCACCAACAGGCUCAGCACCAUCCAACAGAUCAUCAAGGGCCACCCUACCGAGGUGGCUUACAGGUAUGCAGUCCACGAUCUUCAUCGGUCUCACCACUGAUGUCUAGCAGUAGUAAUGGCAGUUCAUCGUCUGCUUCAUCGGCCACCGGAGGCUGUCCAUUUUCCUCCUCGUCAGCGAGUACUAACGGUAGCAGUACCAGAUGGCAAGGUGGACCUACGAGUGUAAUUACAACCACCCGCCAACAAACACCUUCCCCGUCGCUCAAUUCCACCGUAAGUGCUGAUACUUCCUCUUCCAGCAGCAGUAGCAUUCGCUACUUCCAGUCACCACAUUCGACAUCGAUCUCGCCACCGGUUGCUUCUAUGGCACCGGCUAGCACCACCAUCGGUCCCAUUGGAUCUCCCCAGUUGUCGUCAUCGAUGGCAACAGCACCAUCGCCGUCACCGCGCCUAUUGGAACUGCAAGUUGACAUUGCUGGUCACGGUUCCGGGGCGGUUGAUGCUCCACUAAACCUCUCGAAAAAAUCUCCCUCCCCAGCACCCAACCGUAGUAUUGCGCUCGCUUCAUCCUCCUCUUCUACCACCGCAUCAUUAUCAAUGAAUGCUACAACCACAACCAACGGUGCGAAUCCCGGAGGUCCCGUAACCACCAUCCACAAGGUGCUACUGGAAGCAUAAAUCCUACACCGCGCUACACUAUGAUUGCAGUGAAACACAUACAGAAUACAAAAUCAGAGGCAGAUCGCAAGCUGUACAAAGUUUAAACUGUAAGAGAAACUAUUCUGGUAGGAUAGUAUUUUAUAACAAAACGGAAGAGCAAAAUGAAAAUAUAAAUUGGGUGAAGUCUGCUACUAUUAUUACUAGUACUACUACUAUAACUACUACUACGACUACUACUACAACAACAACAAAUACUACUAUUAAUAACUGUACAUUGGAGAAUCAGACAUACUAAACAAAAUGAAAACAAAAGCAAAAUGUUGAUAUUUUAUAAAGCAUGCAUGAUAAUAUGAGGAUCUCUAUUUUUCCCCAAACUUCCAAUUACAGGAAACGUAACACAGAAAACAUGCGUGUGGAAUACGAAAAAAAAAAGAAUAUGAAUACACAUCAAAAGAUUCGUAAGUAAGGAGAGCAAACUGAGAUAGAGAUGAGCUAGGCUGGCUGGCUGGCUGGCCAGCAAAAAGCAAGCAAAGAGUUGUUGGUAAACCCGUGAGAAAGCAGCACUAGGAAAAAAAAGAAAUAACAAGCCAAACACUAGAAGACAACCAGACGGAAUGAAAAACAAACAAAACAAUUAAAAAUAAACAGUGUUUUCUUUAGACAUUAGAACACAAUAAGAGAUAAAGAUUGUUCCAUACCGAAAAUUAAAAACUCAACGAUAAAGUGAAAAUGAAUUUGCAAAAGAGUGAAAACAGAAGAUGAAUCAACGCAUCAUCGAACUGUAAAUACUGACGGAAUUUAAUCCCCCUCCGGUCCAACGUUUGAAACAAAACGAAUGAAAUGAAGCAGGAAGAAUUCAAAUAUUCCAAAUUUUACCAAUUUUUUCUGGGUGUGUGCGCCCGAAUAAAAUGAAAUAAUAUAAAAUAAAGGAGUGAAAAAUCAUGAAUCAAAGUUUUUAAGCAAAUGGAGAUGAUAUGAAUUAGCUGAUAGGAGAUAAAACGAUAAAGAAAAUAAAAAUCCGUACUCUAAUGUAAUACGAAAUAUGGAAGGGAAAAAAUCCGUGAAAUUAUCAAUUCGUUUUAAUUCAUUUCACUGCAGAAAAAAAAAGAUUAUUUAAAACUACUUUUUAAUGAACGAAAUUUGAGAAUAGAGAGGAAACUCGAGCUGCAGCUUUUGCAGAAAACCAAUUUAAACAUGUUGUAAAUAGUGUAAUUAGAAUUAUUAUUAUAAUUUUUAAAAAUGAAUGCACGCAGAUUUUUAUUUAUUGAAACAAUUGCUUAUUUUCUAAUUCUUUCAUAUUUUGUCCUUUAUGUUUCCCAACAGCAUUAAAACUGUUGUAAAUAGCAAUCGAAAUGAAAGUGUUAUGAUUAAAUUUAAACACACACACACAUAGACGCAACACAACACACACACGUACGUGACCAAAAUUUAAUUUAAUACGGUCGUUCUUUUAAUUGUCGCAAUUUGUUCGUUUCCUUUACUAUUAUGACUUUUUUUUAACAAGAGAAGCAGAAAACUGUAUCAAUACUAAGACAAAAAGGAUCAAUGUUUUUUUUAAGUAAAGAAGAGAACUAAGUUUAAAAAACUUGAAAGCAAGAAGGAACGCAAGCGGGAGUGAUGCUAUCAAAUGAGAAUACUAUUAGUACUACUACUACGACUGCUGUCCCUAGUAGCCAGAGUGACUCAACAAGUGAGAUGAAAUUAAACAAGCGAAAUGGAUGGAAAAAGCAAACAAAACAAAUGAAUCACAUCCAAACUACUGCAGAUGGAAGAAAAUAAGACGAAAAAAAAACAGGUGGCGAAAAAAUGUGCAACAGAAAACAACCCUACACGCGUAAGCAAGAAGAUUUAGUGUUAGAAAUAUAGCUGUGUAACAUUUAAAACAAGAAUAAAAGUUUAGUGUGAGCGUGGAUUGAGCGAACGAAGCAAAAAGAGUAAGAAACAAUCUGAAAUUAGACAUAACCAGAAAAUACACACCGCCCCCUCCCAACAAACAAAAACACUCACUCACAAAUGCAUGCAAAAUGCAAACAAAAAAAAAAACAAACUCCCUUAUACCAUUGUAUGGAAAGUUAAUCUAUGGAGAUAAUGAAACAUAGUAAAAUACAAGAUAAUGAGCAUCGGAGCGUGCAAAAAAUCGAAGAACAACAAUUGAAUCGUAGAGAUGCGAAAAAAAUUGAACAAAAACCAUUUUUGGAAGAACAGAAAAUCAAGCAAACCGACAAACAAAACUUAAAAAAAACAGUUGAAUUGAGGAAUGAUUGAAUGAAAUAAAGUAUUAAAUAUUGCUUCAUUGUUGCAAUUAUAAUGAAAAUAAAAA